AUGCCCUUACUCUGCAAAGAAAGACAACUCAUGAAUACGCGGUCUUUUGUUAUUUCCUCGGUUUUUGUCGCUAUUGCUACUGCCGUUGUGGUAGUUCAAAAUGCGCAGACGUACGGUCAAAAUUGUGCUGUGAUUGUAAGUCGGCAUGAUUGCAUGGUAUAUAUGUACUUAAUAGAAUGGUGUCGUCUACGAAUGUGAUGGGACCACUCAUCGGCUGACUGAGCGGGACAAGGCCAAUCAGCUUCGCUGGGCAUUGGAAUUCCAACAGUUUAUGCUUAACCAGGUAUGGAGACCGCUAGGAAGAUUGUUUCAUUGACCUUCUCUGGUGAAUGGGAAGUUGUUUCCGCAACCGCUUUUUGUCCCCAAGCCGGGUUUUUUUCGGUACAAAAUUUGCGGGCAUAAUGAAGGGAUCUUCCUAUUUAUUAUUAUCUAGCUGGUCACAAAAAAAUUUGUAACAGUUAUGUAAUUAGGGGUAGUUUUUAGGAAAUUCUUGGCCAUAAGUUCCAAAUAACGCUUCGGUAGGCUGGACGGCUAUUAUAUCGCUACUCACAGGGGAAGUACUCCAAGUGCGACGCUCAGAUUUUCAUUAAAUUUUGCACACACGUCGGGUAUGGAUUAAAUAUCAAUUCCUGAAAGUUUUAGCUCGCGCUUUGCGGGCGCCGCCGAGAUAUCGAACGAUUUUGGAGUACUUCCCCUGUCAGUAGGAUGCCCUUUUUUCUACCAUUACGUUCUGACUCCAUCGGAAAUUGUUAACAUACCAAAUUGUGAUCAAAGUAAAUAAGGGUUAAAUAAGAAACCGGUUACAAAAUUUUUAAAUUUCUGGCUUUUAUCUAGGUAAUAAUAAUUUUUGUUAUACUGUACACUAGCUGACCUAACCGGGCCUGACCUGGAUCCUGUCAUCGCCAAGGCAUCGCUGACUUUCCGCCGAAAGAAACUCGAGGGUUGAUGACUAUUUAUUUGGUGGGAAUGGACCCAGCGUGAGGUCGGAAGUGGUCGCAAUCAGGCACAUUGAUCUCAAAACCUUACAAGCAAUUUCUCCAUAGAUCUUUGUUACUCAAUACUCUACUUAGAGCAUCUAUUCGCUUUCAGUUCCCGAUUGGAUUUCCUUUCGUUCAAAACGACAUUGAUCCCGAGCCGCCAAUGAUGACAUCAUUUUGUCGAGUCACUUGCCCUCUUACCCUCAAUUAA